AAACCCUUUCUACACAGAAAGAAAACGGGCUCGAAAACCCACCUCCAGCGGGCUACGUCUCCGGCCCACCUUAAAAGUCCAUCAAGAACCAAAACAAACAAAACCCUGGUAUUCUUAGGUUCUUGUGAAUGCAAAGUUGCAAACAAUUCUCAGCUAAUUGCAAAGUUGCAAACUUUUUAAGCUACUAAAUGGAAAGAAAGGAAAAAAACGAAGAAGAAGAAGAAAUUAUUUGUUUAGAGUCUUUCUUCAUCAAUGAUAAUUACCAGCUAACCACAUUCACAUUUGGGUCUCAAGUUCUUGAGCUCCUUUGUCUUCAAUCAGCUUCAACUGACUUUGAUCUGACGGGCCAGUUGGUUUGGCCUGGUGCAAUGCUUUUGAAUAAUUACCUGUCAAAGAAUGCUGAGAUGCUGCAAGGAUGUUCCAUCAUUGAGUUAGGUUCUGGUGUUGGGGUUACCGGAAUCCUAUGCAGUCGAUUUUGUCGGGAGAUUGUGCUGACUGACCAUAAUGAGGAAGUUCUGAAGAUUUUGAAGAAAAACAUAGAGCUACAUAAAUCAUUCGGGACUUCUAAUUCUUCUAAUUGGAUGACAGCUGAGAAGCUAGAAUGGGGAAAUUCUGAUCAGCUCAACCAAAUUUUAGGCAGCCAUCUUGGUGGAUUUGACUUAAUUCUUGGGGCUGAUAUCUAUAUCCUGAUAAAAAAAUUUGUUGCCCAAAAUAGCAUUCCCCUCCUUUUUGAUACUGUGGAGAAGCUCCUCCGUGUUCGUGGCAAAGAUCAAUGCAAAUUCAUACUAGGCUACAUAUCCCGUGCUAAAGUAAUGGAUCUAAUGGUCGUUUCUGAAGCUGUUAAGCAUGGAUUGCAUGUUACUGAAAUCGCUGGAUCACGUUCAGUCAUUGGAAACCUGGGAGGGGUUAUAUAUGAUAUAACUCUUCAAUAGUUUCUUGGCAUCUCCGACACAAGUCCUUAAAGUAGAAACUCAUUCAGACUGCUUGAUACAGCAUUUUAGUGGAAAGUUUUCUUUGUUGGAAUUUGCAGUUCAUUCUUUAUGUAAUUCUUUAUAUUAAUUUUCUUUGAACUAUUGCACUCGUACUGUAUGAUUUACAAACCUGAUUAAGAUUUGAAUUGUCAAAAAGUUUGUACAACUGCAUGUAUUUGCAAUUUAGUUGACAAUUUUAUUAUCAAUUGACAGCUUCUAUAUGAA